GAUGUCAAUUUGGUACCGCGAGAAGCUAGUAUAAAAACACAGUAAAAAUGUAACAAUGUUACAGAGUAUGUCUUUCAUCCGGAUUAGGCCAUCCUCGGUAGACUGUCACGGAUGGCUUAUGUCGGGAGAAGGGCUAUCAUGGAUCGGGCGAGAGAUCCGCGAGGCCCAAGACGUGUAGCGAAUAUCUUGAUACGCUUUGGCUCUAGUGCUGAGGAAGCCGGGCUGCUUCCAAAAGUCUGGUUUGAUACUCCUGCAUCGACUGUCGUAUGGAUUGGUAUGCUCUAGCAAUCAAGUCACCAGAGACCCGGAAUAAAUGCCGUUUAUGGAUGCCAGUGACCGGGAUGGCUGUAAUGGAGC